GGGUCCUGCCGCCGCUGCCGCUGCCGCCGGUAACGGCUCCGGGCCGGCCCCGCCAUGUUCCUCCUCCUCCUUUCGCCGCCGCCGCCUCCAUGAGCCGCAAGAAAAGCGGCUUCGCCAUCACCAGCGUCCGCGGCAGCAGCGGGACCGCGCCCGGCGAUGCCUCGGGCGCCGCGAGCGGUUCUUCAUCUUCCUCCUCCGGCAGCCCCAGCGGGUCUCGGUUCCGCCUCGUUCGCUUACUGUCGCCGGGGGAGGUGCUGCGGCGGGGCCGGUGGCUCUGCCGCGAUUUCUACGAGCGGGACGCGUCACCGCGGGGAGGUGGCGGCGGCGGGGGGAGGGUCCCGGUGUCGCUGGACGCCCCCCGGGCCGUCCCCGCCGCCCACCAGCCUCGGUCUCUCGGGGCCUUCGCGCAGCUGGUGCAGCAGGCGCUGCCCCCAAAACCGCCGUCGCCACGCCCAGGGGGCGGGGCCGAGCUCAGUGCGCGCCUGGGAUUGGCUGGCGAGGAGAGCGAGGACGAGGGCUCCGGGAGCGGCAUCACCGCCAUUGACAACAAGAUUGAGAGGGCCAUGGAUCUGGUGAAGUCCCACCUGCUGCUGGCAGUGCGGGAGGAGGUGGAGGCGCUGCGGGAGCAGAUCCGGGAGCUGAGCGAGCGGCGUACGGCGCUAGAGAGGGAGAACCGUGUGCUCCGGGCACUCGCAACCCCCCAGCAGCUGGCCCAGCUGCCGUCCCUGCAGCCCCCUGUGCCGCCCCCAGCACCACCCUGAUGUCGGGGGGGUUCUCAGGAGGUUCUCAGGGGGCGGGCAGGGGGCCCACGCUCACUGUACCGCUGCUGCUUUAUUGGGAGGAAGGGGGGGAGAGCCACCAAGCUCUCUUGCCCUUCCUGCGCAAUGUCGGCCCUUUUUUAAUAAACCUUCGAUUUUUACAGCA